AUGUACUCCCACUACGGUUUCUCCGCAACCAAAGCACAGUAUGAGACGAGGCUCAAGAAAUGGGGCUCCUACAAAUACGCAUCUGCACAUGAUCGACAAUACCAAGCAUCAAUGCUUAACAACUGCGAAGAGGAUGGUCUGAACACGGAGAGAAACAUCAAAGCGCCUAACAGCAACUUUCGCAAUAUUGCGAUAAGAACCUCCUCUCCAUAUCGCACUGAUAUGCAGUCCGCUCUGAUCAGUCCCCGAGCGCUCGGUGUUGUCCAGUCGACCUCAGGCAGCCUAUGGAACGAUAUCUCAUCUGUCUCGAUGACUAAUGUCUCGUUUCCAUCUCCCAUGUUUCAUUGCGAUGCUGGAUCGUUGCUCUCCCAGAAUUAUACAUCGUCUCACGAUGCAACUUCGGGCGUAUAUGGUAUAUGCGACCCCGCCUGGAGCGUCCUGGAUAGCUUUCCACCUUGUGCGACGGACCUGCUUGGCAAACCUCUUGUAUCGGACUUCGCAUCGUCAAUGAUACCCGUUAUCUCGCAUUUAUUUCCAAGAGCUAUGUCAUCCGCUCAUCUGGUUCUUUUCGGUGACAGUACUGCAAUCGAGUCUGCGAUCCUCAGCAUGUCUCAUCCGAGCGCGCUACCUCUUGUUCGCGAACAAAGCAUCGAUCAUCAAAUCAUUUACAUGAUCGUACAUCAUCUGAUCAACCACGACGAUGUUGUGCGUACACUCGAAAAACCCAAGACAAAGUUCGACCAGAUUCUCAAGUCGGGAAUAACAUACUGCUUCUCGCUCGGACCAGAUUUUCUCAGCAGUAUCAUUAAAUCCACCCCAUCACCAUACGACCUGGCCUUAAUACAAAGCGUGUUCCGUGCGGCACUAUUCCUAGGGGAUGGACCGAUUCUAAACGUCAUCCUGAGCAUCAACCCAGGGAGUCUCAUGGAUCGAUCUGUGUUACUUGGAGACAUUCAUUAUUAUCCCGUGGAGUACACGAGUCACUUUGGGUACAUCCAUGCGACAGAAGUUCUCCUUGAUCAAGGCGCUGACCCUAAUUACGAAAGAGACGUCUUUUCCCUGAGUAAUAUCGGGAUGAUGCCGUGGCCCCAAAAUCGGACUGGCGAAGCAAGAGUUCAGAUCAUGCGGCUACUGAUUCAUCAUGGUUUAAAUAUCGAACCCAACUCAGCAGUGCAGCAGAUGGAACAUUGCGGCAUAGAUGAACUGAAAGUAUUAGUCACAUAUUGCCUGACCAAGAGCUUUGAGACUUUCUUUGAUCACCAGGCUUUACCAAUAAUCCUACUCCGACAGGACUGGGACGACUCGCUCUCUGACACAUUGACGGCUAUCAUAGAACGAGCGUCCCCUGAUGGUCCUAGCCAUCAGAGACUUUGGAACUCGGUGUUGUCAGAAUCACUAUCUGUUGCAGUACUACGCAGCCAUGCAGCCUCAAUCGAUGUUCUGCUCGCAAAGGGGGCAGAACCAAAUGUCAACUGUUUGGUUAGUGCUGUACUGAGUAACAAUUUGAGGAUCUUUGAAGAUUUUUUGGAUCUUGGUCUGGACCCCAACGCCCGGAAGUCGAACCCAUUUCCCAAGGCGCAGCACAAUUAUUACCGGCUAUAUUCGGAACAUAAUAGGCAAGACCAGAUACGUACUGCGCUGGGCGAAUCAAUCAAACACCGGUCCAGAGGAGCGUUUGAAAUACUCCAAGCGCGAGGGUUUAUGUCCAAGUUAGCUCAUCAACCGGCAGCCUUUGUCUCAGCCUUUAUAGCAGCGUGUGAAAUCGGGGACAACAGGCUUGUCAAGCAGCUCCUGCAACUGCAAAGCUUCCCAAGGAGGCUUGAAAGAAUAGAGGAAGCUCUAGAAGCUGCCGUGAGAGAAGAUCAGCAUCACCUCAUUGAAGAGCUCUUAUCUCUGGGAAUCAGGCCCUCGUUAGACUGCUUGCAUAUAGCAGUUCAGAACAGGCGACUAGAACCUGUUAAGCUGUUGACAAGUUGUAUGAACAUCUUCGAUAUCUUAAGAGAAAAUGAAGGGCACUGGAAAAAAUGGGAAUUCUCUCCCGGCGAAGGCAGAUGGGCUUACGACAAUGCUAUACUCUUUGAAGCCCUGAGUUGGGGUGAUCAAACAGCCAUCGACUGUGUACUUCGAAGUGGGCACCCUGUCAAUGUAUUCAUUCAGGCUGCGUAUAAGUGGUUCCAUCAUUGGGGGUUAGACUUGCAACCGCCUGGAGACACUGAAAAUUGGAACAUAACCCCUCUGAGCGCUGCUAUCUUGAAACGGAAACCAGCAGCAGUGAGGGCGUUGUCAGCAUGCGGUGCACAAAUUGCGCCACCUCAUAAGUUCAACUCACGGUUCACAUCGCACCAGUCCAACCCCAUUGCGCUACGAACAUCAACUUAUCGGGGCGAUGGGUGGACUCUGACCCCGCUUGCUGCUGCCGCAUUUAUGGAUGAUUUCCCUUUGAUGGAAGAGUUCCUGCGCAUAGGGGCAGAUCCCUUCGACAACAGUGCCCUUUUCGUAAGCACCAUGCGCGACUUCGAAGACGCCGUCACAUUGCUACUCUCCGCUUUCAAGACACGGUACCCAGAUGGAGCACACUCUUUUGGCUCAGACGCGCUCUAUCAAACCAUAAGACGCAAGAACAUGCGGUUGUUCAGGCUUCUCGCCAUAAAUACCGACAUUACAGGGCCCGUUGAAGUGGACUAUAGAACCGGACUGCCUCUCCAUCAACGUCCUCCGUCAGGAUCUUUUUUCACGAGUCCAUUUGGUGAAGCAUUACGUCUCUGUUGCGGGAGCGAUGAUAGCGGCGCAUCGCUUGACAUUAUUCUGCCUCUAAUCAAAGACCACAACGCCGUUAUACACCGCGACCGCGAACUUGGUAACAUGACUGGUCUACUUUACGCCAUCUCCUUCAACUCCUUGAAGAUAGUUCAAAAGCUGCAUCAGGCCGGCGCAAACAUAUAUUUACCCGCUGAAUGGACGAUCCCUCGAACACCACUACAGGCAGCAGCACAAGCCGAAAGUAGGGAUAUCAUGGGAUAUCUCCUGAGCCAUGGUGUCAGUCCAAACGAGCCUCCAGCAGUCCGAGCGGGAGCAACAGCUCUCCAGCUGGCGGCAAUCACAGGUAGUAUAGGCACUGCGACGAUCUUGCUGGAUGCAGGCGCCGAUAUCAACGCGCCACCAGCUUUUUGUGACGGCAGAACCGCGUUCGAAGGCGCCACGGAACAUGGCCGUGUUGAGAUGAUGAUCUUUCUCGUUGGUGAAGGCGCCGAUCUACUUGCAAAUGGCAAUGAACAAUAUCGCCGCGCUGUUGCGUUUGCAGAAGACAACCGGCAAUAUGCUGCAAAGGGUCUUGCAGAUAAGCUAUUUGCAAGAGCUCUAACGAGCCAACAAGCGGGCUUCAUUGGCAUGGGUGAGCCGUGGGCUGCACCUGAUAUGCCAGACUUUGGCACCUUAUUCUCAUAA